UGAUAUCAAAAUGAUAUAUUUUUUUGUAUCAACCCCAGAUUGCCUCUUUAAUUCCAGGAGGCAGGCUUUGAAAGCUAUUGAAGUCAUGAAGCAGAUACAUCUUUUUUUUUAAAGGGCAAUUGUCCAUGGUGCCACCCACAGUCACGUCAGUGAGGUAGGUAUGAGGAAGACUAUUUCGUAGAAACUUCAGGUUAAUAUAAACUAGAACUAGGUCAUUAUUUUUAUAUGACCCUGGGUAGCCUAUAUAACAACUUCCUCUCAAUAGAUAUGCAGCAACCCUUGCAGUACUCAUCGAACAGUGAGUAGAUUUGUUGAGAUGGAAAGGUCUCUGUUUUAGGAAUUAUUAUCCAAUAUCUCCUGUGAUUAUUUUACAAAUUGUUCAAGUUUGGGAUUAUUUAUUUUGUACAGACCAUCUCUAUAUUUAUGGUUGUUGAUGACAACACAACAGGCAACGUUAUGUUUUGUGUAGGCUACUGCUUUCAUUCACAUGCUACAGGUGUCUGUCUGUGAAUGAUAGACCUACACAUGGAGAAGCAGACUGUGGACUUUGCCAGGGACGCUUUUCUCACAGGGAGGUCCCAACCCCUGAAGUUCAGAGUUCAACAGUUAAAGUCCCUUCAGAGGCUGAUCACAGAAAGACAAGGAGAGAUUGCCAUAGCGCUCAAGCAGGACCUCAACAGGAGUCAGUUUGACACAGCCCUGUCUGAGCUGAUUGGCCUGGAGAAUGAGAUCAGCCUGGCGGUGGGGAAGCUGUCUCAGUGGGCUGCCCCUCGCACUGUGGAGAAGAACAUCAUGACCUUAACAGACCAGGUGUACAUCCAGCUUCAACCCCUGGGAGUGGUGCUCAUCAUUGGGGCAUGGAACUACCCCUGGGCCCUCACUCUGCAGCCCCUGAUCGGGGCCAUCGCAGCUGGGAAUGCAGCAGUGGUGAAACCCUCUGAGUUGAGUGAGCACUCGGCCAGUCUCCUCAAAGCACUGCUGCCUCAAUAUCUGGACACGGAGUUAUAUCCUGUGGUGACAGGUGGAGUUCCAGAGACCCAGGAGUUGCUGAGGCAGCGUUUCGACCACGUCUUCUACACUGGGAACAGCACAGUGGGGAAAUUGGUGAUGGAGGCCGCGGCCAAACACCUGACCCCUGUCACCCUGGAGCUGGGGGGCAAGAGCCCCUGUUACAUCGACAAGGACUGUGACCUCAUCGUGGCCUGCCGCCGAAUCACAUGGGGAAAGUUUUUCAACGUUGGACAGACGUGCAUCGCCCCUGACUACAUCCUGUGUGACCCCAGCAUUCAGAACAAAGUGGUGGAGGGCAUCCGGAAUACACUACAGGAGUUCUACGGCCCGGACCCCAAAUCUUCCCCAGACUACGGUCGCAUCAUCAACCUGCGCCACUUCAGUCGACUGAUGGGUCUGCUGGAGGGGUGCAGUGUGGCACUAGGGGGGGAGAGUGACCCAUCACAGUGUUAUAUUGCUCCCACAGUGGUAACGGACGUGUCUCCUCACACCAGACUUAUGCAGGAGGAGAUCUUCGGCCCUCUGUUGCCCAUAGUGACCGUUAGUGACGUGGGUGAUGCAAUUCGCUUCAUCAAUGGGAAAGAGAAGCCCUUAGCGUUGUAUGUUUUUUCCUCUGACAAGAAGGUGAUAAAGCGAAUGAUUGCAGAGACCAGCAGCGGCGGGGUGGUAGUCAAUGAUGUCAUAAUGCACUACGUGCUUAACUCCCUUCCUUUUGGCGGCGUAGGUCAAAGUGGAAUGGGCAGGUACCACGGGAAACACACCUUCGACCAGCUCAGCCACCACCGGGCGUGCCUGAUCAAGUCCUUGGGCAUGGAAUGCAUUAACAUGGCCAGGUACCCACCCCAGGACAGCUCACGGGCACGCAGGGCCAGACUAGCCAUGAGGAGCUCACUGUGUGACCUAUCCAAGGCCACCUUCGUGUGGGCAGUCUUGGCCACCAUCUUAGCCUGUGGUCUCCUUGUCGCCCUGAUUGUAAUUCUAGUCAUGGGUGCCAGUUAGAACAGCUUCUCACUACUUCAGCUUAUCAAUUGUAAACUUUUUUGCAUCAAAUGCACUUCUUGAAGUUCCUGUAUUGUAAUGUAUCAUCUUAAAUGUAUUAUGUCAAUAAUGAUGUCAUCUCAGUUUGAGAUCGUUUGCUAUC